AUGAGCACCGACGUUGGGAACGUUCUUUUUUUCGUUGGAGUUGGGGUUGUCGGUGUUUCUGGAAACAUAUUCAACCUUAUCUUUAGCUUACAACAGCAAGUAAAAACCAGAUCCAUUCAGACUGUGGGCUUAAUCCUAGAUGUCAUCUCCAUCAGCAACAUCAUCUUGGUACUUUCCACUCUCGCCAUGGUGGUUAGUGUGUUUCUGAAUGCCCACAUUUGGUGCAUCAAGCCAUAUCCUCUCGGUCUCCGUUUUGAAAUGUAUCUAAUGAUGACUUGCGGCUUCAUCAGCUUCUGGGCCAUUGCUUGGCUGAGUCUUUUCUACUGCAUCAAAGUUGUGAAUUUCUCCUCUGAGAUCUUCAGAACAUUGAAGAAGAACAUCUCAACUGUGAUCAACACUGCGGUGACGUUGAGCUGCUUGUUCUCCUUCUUGCUAUUCCUUCCAGCGUUCAGCCUCGAUCUUCCAGAUUCAGCGGAUAAAAAUAUCAGCGAGACAAAUAUCACAACCUGUCCACAGCCGACUUUCACUCUACAGAUAGACAUAAAUGCAUACGCAGCCGCUGUCCUGCUCCUCAUCUGCCCGAUCCCUCUGAUGAUCAUGUUGCCCACCUCUGUCAGAAUGGUGGUCCACCUCUGCGCCCACACACGGGCACUCCAGAAGAACCAGACGCAGGUGCAGGGAUCCGACUCGUAUCUCUUGGUGUGCAAACUCACCAUCUCUCUGGUGGGAGUUUAUCUGUCCACUCUAUUUAUGGUGGCAUUGUAUUUCAUUAUAAAGGUUUUGGGGGCAUUUAUGACAUAUCAAGCCCUAGUCAGUGCCUUUACUUUUUACUGUGGAAUGACUUCAGUGCUACUGACGGCAUCAAACAGGUAUCUGAAAGAUAAACUUUGGAGUCUGUUCUGUUGCAGGAAAGCAAAGGAGCCAGUUAGCAAAAGUCAGACAGUUGUGACACAGGAUGUCUGA